AAAAUUUCCUGUUGUCAUACACCAUAGAUACGCGCGCGCGCUCACCUCCAUCACGAGGAAGCGCGUGGAGUUGUUAAAUUUUACGGAAUAUUCCCGAAGUAGCAGCUUGUUUGCGCUGUGAUAGAUAUAAAUUCUGCCUUCAGCUGAAUGUGUAACCCGUGUAUAAUUUCAGAGGACAAUAUUUUGUGUGUGAGGUGUACCCAAUGGUUUGUAUGAUAUCACCAUUCACUUUGAGAUGACCAAGGAGAACUAAAAGACACCCUGGCGCCACCUCAAGGUUUCUAUUUCUCUGUCUCCUUCCUCCGCUCCCCUAUGGGUUCCCGAAGUCAGGGGUUCUUCCACCACCAAGAUCACCAUCACCAUCACCAACACCACCACCGCAGUUCAGUGGUGCCCACGGCUGUCCCACGACUGCUGCCUGAGACCAGCAGCCUGUUGGGGGGCAUCGCCCAGAUCACUCCUUCCCUGUUCCUCGGCCGGGGGAAUGUGGCGUCUAACCGCAGCCUUCUCCUGUCCAAAGGGAUUACCUGUGUGGUGAACGCCACCAUCGAGCUGCCCAACUUCAACUGGCCACACAUGGAGUAUGUGAAAGUGCCACUGGCCGACAUGCCUCAUUCUCCAAUCUCGCUUUAUUUUGACGGUGUGGCUGAUAAGAUCCACAGCGUGGGCCGCAAACGGGGAGUCGUGCUGGUGCACUGUGCGGCUGGGGUGAGUCGCUCCGCCUCGCUCUGUUUGGCCUACCUCAUGAAGUACCACAGAGUUUCCUUGGCCGAGGCUCACGCUUGGGUCAAAUCCCGCCGACCCGUCAUUCGUCCUAAUGGAGGGUUCUGGCGACAACUCAUUGAGUACGAGAGGAAACUGUUUGGCAGGAACUCUGUGAAAAUGAUCCAGACACCAUACGGGGUCAUUCCCGAUGUGUACGAGAGAGACCGCAGGAAUUUGGCACCUUACUGGGGCUUGUGAAGAGGGGUUUGGACUUUGGUUCAAGCAUAGAGGAAGGGGUCCGCUAAGCGAUCUUUGACUCCAUUGUGUUCCGGCCUCUUUCUGUACAUCCACGUGUCCCUCCUGCCAGAGAAUAAAGCCAGAUGGGAGUGCUUAUGUCCAUUUUCAAGAUGGAAAAAUCACUGAGUCCAUAUUUUAUGAGGUCAUAAGUGAUAAUCCAUCCUUGAAUGCUGAAAUUAAAUCUUGGCAAUGAUAAUGUCGGUUUUAGGAGCACUUUGGGAAUCAAGUGUGAUGCUGGGAAUCAGGAAUUCAGUCCUUGGUUAAAACUUACCAGUCGUAAUAUUGUGAGGAUGUUGUUUUAGUUUUGCUGUCGUCUUUGUUGAGAGUCAGCAGUCUGAUUUUGAUUACUGGUAGCAUUUGAAAAUAUAUAUCUAUUAAAAAUAUUAUAUUCUAAGGUGUAUUUAAACUUGUGCAUACUGAAAAAUACUAAAAAAACAAGAAAACUAUUUGAAGGUUUUGUGAAGAGUGACAUGUUUAACAGAAAGAUGCUACAAUAUUAUCCAAGUUUAACAGAUUUAUAAACUAUUUAUGUAAAUCAAAAGAAAUUUUAUUGAACACCAUGAAGGACAGUGUUGGCAUUUGUAAUGUCAGUACUCCUACAAAACGGGCUGUUUCACAAGAAGCAGAACAAUAAAUAUGGCAAUUAAGUAAUUUUUUCAAUGAAUUAUAUUUAGUCUGUUUGGUCCUUUUGCAGUUCAUCUCGGUUUUUUCAUUUUUAACUCAAGAUGUUUCUUUCAGAUGUUUUCUGCAGUGAAGCAGUAAUUAUAACCAGAGGACAUCUGUCAGAGGACUCCUAGCAAAGCUUUUAACUAAUACAUGUUAAAAAAAACUGAAUUAAUGUAAAAGAGUUCAGAUUUAAUUAGUGUUAAAAUGAAUAAAGGGUGAAAUAUUUUAAUGUAUUCCUUGUG